AUCAAGGGAUUACCUAUGUUCUUCCCUCAGCAAUGCUAAAUUUUCGUUGUAAACAUCAUUUGCAGCAGUCUUAAUGAAUAAUAAUAUAUUUUUGGAUGUCCUUGACAAAGUCGCAAACAUAGCCUAUAUAAACACCUUAAUCUAAUUCUUCAGACAUACAAAACACCCUUCAAAAUACAUACUCAUGGCUGCCCUACUUUGCAUUGUAGUUUUCUUGCUAGCUCCUUUUCUCUCCAACGCUGCUGAUCCUGAUCCCUUGUCGGACUUCUGCAUAGCUGACCUCAACUCCUCCCCCACGUUUGCCAACUUCCCUUGCAAGCCUACCUCAAAUGUCACCUCCGAAGACUUCUUCUUCGAUGGGCUGAUGAAGGAAGGCAACACGUCAAAUAUGUUUGGAUCAAAGGUCACACCUGGGAAUGUUCUCACAUUUCCCGCCCUAAACAUGCUUGGACUUUCAAUGAACAGACUUGAUAUUGCGCCUAAUGGACUGAACCCGCCUCACACCCACCCACGAUCAACCGAAAGUGGGGUGGUGAUCAGUGGUAAAGUCCUAGUCGGGUUUGUGACUACCGGGAACGUAUUCUACUCCAAGGUGUUGGUUCCAGGGCAGAUGUUCGUGAUCCCCAGGGGAUUAGUUCAUUUUGAGAAGAAUGUGGGGAAUAAGAAGGCAGUAAUUAUAACAGCUUUCAAUAGCCAGAAUCCAGGGGUAGUGGUUGUACCCACAACUCUAUUUGAUGCACAACCUUCAAUUUCAGAUGAUGUUUUGAAACAAACUUUCCAAAUUGAUUCAAGCGUUGUCCACGGAAUAGAAUCCAAAUUCUGAAAUUUGGAACGAUCAUAUAUACUAUGAAAAACUUACUAUGAAGAUUUCCUUCAUUCUUUUUACGAUAUUAUACGUGAAUAACUGAAUAAGAAUUGAAGCUUUUAUGCAUAUUAUAUUUAUUAUUAAUUCAAUAAAUGAUGUAGUUUUUUAGCUGCUGGCAUACUCUUUGGCAAGAUACAUACAUCAAUAAAAUAUUUGAGUUGUAUACGAACUUAUUGUUUUGUUGUCCUAAAAAAGAAAGAAAAAAAACUUAGUGGACGUUUGGUUGGGGGGUUUAAACAAAGGGAAAGGGAAUGAGAAGGAAUGGAUCCCCACCGCCCCCCACCGCCCUACCUUUCUCAUUCCCUUUCCCCAACCACCACCAUACCACAUCAGCCGGUUGCUUGCUGCACCUCCCCCGGUUUACCCAAAAAAUAAAUUUUAAUCCAUAAUUAUACCAAACUCACAUGGUUUCAUUCCUAAUUCCAACCCCAUAUCAGUUUACAAACCAAAUGCCUCGAUAAAAAAUAACAAAUUUAGCUUCCUCAAUUUUCGCUUUUACUAUUUCUACUUUUUUUUUUUUUUUUUUUUUUUUAAACUGUGUAUGAGUACCCAAUAUUUUGCACUAAAAUUAUUUUUUUUUUUGAAGAAUAAAAUCAAAUAUUUAGCAUAGGUUUUUUUUAAAAAAAAUAAAUUUAUAAUCACGUAUCCCUAUGUGGCACCGCUACAUCUCGCAAUUUCUACCCUACUCCUGGAGUACCGUGAGCAUGAUACUCCUAGACAUUAGGUAUAUAGUCACCUCCCUCUAUUAUCCCUUCCUCUUCCUUGUUUUUUUCCUUUUUCUUCCUGCUAUACUUAUUUUCUCUAUAUUUUUUUCAAUUUAUGUGAAUUCAAUCAAUUUUUUCUUCCAAUUGCAAUUUUUGUAACUUAAAAACAACAAUAGUGUUUUUUUUUUUUAUUAUUUAUUUUUU